AUGUCAGGGCAGACUUCUUUUGGAGACACCCCCCUUAAGAACGGAGACCGACUGGUUGGUCUCAAAGAGAAAAAGAUGAUGGAAGGAGAGAGCCAGACCAUUUCAGGGGCUGGGACCCAGAUAAAGCUGCGGCUCAAAGUUAACUGUUUGGCCUGGGAGUGGAACCCGAAUCUGUUUGGCUCUUUGUCCUCUGAGGAUCAUGAUUUCGACCCCACUGCUGAAAUGUUGGUACAUGACUACGAUGACGAAAGGACUCUUGAAGAAGAGGAAAUGAUGGACGAGGGCAAAAACUUCAGUUCCGAAAUUGAAGACUUAGAAAAGGAAGGAAACAUGCCUUUAGAAGAUUUAUUGGCAUUCUACGGCUACGAGCCUACAAUCCCGGUGAUGGCCACUUCCAGUGCAAAUAGCUCUCCGAGCGAACUUGCAGACGAGCUGCCAGAUAUGACGCUGGACAAAGAAGAAAUCGCAAAAGAUCUUUUAUCAGGAGACGAUGAAGAAACACAGUCUUCUGCGGAUGACCUAACGCCAUCAGUGACUUCACAUGAAGCAACAGAUUUCUUCCCUCGACCUUUAAGAUCAAACACUACGUAUGACGGGGAUAAGGAAUCAGAGGGGGAAGAUACAGAGGUGGAUACUGGGAAUUCACCUGAAGAUCUGAGGAAAGAAAUAAUGGUCGGUUUGCAGUAUCAGGCUGAAAUUCCCCCCUACAUGGGAAAGUACAGUGACAAUGAAAAGACGAAUGAAAGUGAAGACCAGUUGCUCUGGAGUCCUCAUGUGGUUGUGGAGAGCAAAGUUAAAGAGUAUCUCGUGGAGACCUCUCUAAGAACUGGGAACGAGAAGAUGACGGAUAGGCUUUCCGAAGGAACACAUACAAGAGACAACGAACAGGCUCUUUAUGAACUUCUAAAAUGUAAUCAUAACAUUAAAGAAGCAAUUGAGAGGUACUGCUGCAAUGGAAAGGCUUCUCAAGAAGAGAUGAAACCAUGGACAGAAGAAGAAUGCAGAAACUUCGAGCACGCUCUUCUCAUUUACGGCAAGGAUUUUCAUCUUAUACAGAAGAAUAAGGUGAGCACCAGAACCGUCGCCGAAUGCGUGGCGUUCUAUUACAUGUGGAAGAAAUCCGAACGCUACGACUACUUCGCUCAGCAGACGAGGUUCGGGAAGAAGCGUUACAACCACCAUCCCGGAGUCACGGACUACAUGGACCGGUUGGUGGAUGAAGCGGAAGCUCUCGGAGGAGCGGUGAGUUCCUCGGCCUUGACCUCGAGCCGAACCGAGCCCAUGGCGGACCAACAGCUGAGCAUCCUGAACUCCUUCACUGCCAGCGACCUGACAGCCCUGACCGACAGCGUCGCGGCGACCGUCUGCGACUCGCCGGCCGACGUGAGCUGCCUGGAGGACGGCUUCCCCCCGCUGGGCAGUCUGUCCCGGGGCCCGGCGAACCACGUGCCUGUGGUAACGGAAGAGUUGCUCACCCUACCCAGCAACGGCGAGAGCGACUGCUUCAAUCUAUUCGAGACGGGGUUUUACCACUCGGAACUGAAUCCCGCGAACCUCUGCAGCGAGGAGGCGGAGAGGCCGGCCAAGAGGUUGAAAAUGGGCCUGGCCGUCCCCGAGCCCUUCGGGGGCGACGGGUCCGUGAACAGCCUGGGCGUGGACUUCGAGAAUCACACGCACCACCUCACCAGUGCCAAAAUGGCCGUCUCAGUGGCCGACUUCGGCGGCUUGUCGGCCGGCGAGGCCAACGGCUUCAUCGGCGCCCACGCCCUCCACCCGCAGACCGCCCUCCACUCCGAGUGAUUCCGGCGGCGGGGCCGGGCCCGCGGGCGGCGGGCGGUCCGGCCGACCCGAUGGACGCUGUCGGGUCGGCUUAAGUCUUUCACUGGAAGUUUAAACCCUUUCCACUAUGACAUCAGUGAUGUCUUUGUAUGUACAGAACUAUAUCUUGAUUGAUCAAGAGCGAUUUCAUUUUGCAAUCCAGAAAUGUGGAGACGUCCUACGGUCGACGGAGGCGGGGACGGACGUUGAACUCUGUGGCUCGGCUUUAAGCUCGGCUUUCCUCUCUCCCCUGUCCCCU